GGCGUCCCCGGCGGGGAAGAUUGCCGAGUGUACGCGACUACGUGGGGUUUGGCGGGGUUUGUCGGAUCGAUAGCGCGCAUGAGAGUGCGCGAACACCUACGUCGGGUGAUCGUGUCGACCUGGUCGCCACCGUGGAGUCGAGCAUCCGAUGAAGUAUUCCCCGAUGUCAAUAGCGUACGUGCGUCCGAGUGACGAGCACCGGGUACGGUAGCUCCUCGACGAAGAACUCAAGUCGGCCCGUGUGUGUCCAUUGCGCGCGUACAACAAACGUCAUUGAACGCCGGCCGGUUUUGUCCGUGGUGGUUGGAUCGCGCUCGAAACCGAGAAAACGAUCGGAACGGAUCCGUUCGCCGCGAGUGAACUCUACGUCGCGAGGUUAUGUUCGCGGUAGUUAGGCGCGGAAGUACCGCGGAAGCCGGUAUGGUGUCUCGUUGAGAGAAAGUGAUAUGUCCGUGAUGUCUCGAGGCUCGCCCUGGUGCUGGCUCGCGCCAGGGACGAGGAACACCACGCUUUUUCUAGCCGUCGUCAUCCUCCUCGGCUUGUUGUCGCGAGGUGUCGUCGCCGAGAAGAGUAAAAAAUAUCAGAUGAGCGAUGUAUGCAAGAAAUACUUCAUGCGUGAUCUCUACAGGAAGAUAGACGGGGCUGUUCUCAUAUCGCAAAAUGAGAGGGACCUGGACUGCACCAUCACCUUCCAAACGCACAGCAUUCUUCAGCGAUUCAUGCUGCGUUUCGACCAACUGCAACUGGACUGCAACGAUCAUCUGUACAUCUACGAUGGCGCGCACGCGGUCAGCAGUUACAAGGCGGACUUGUCCUGCAGGAACACGAAGCAGACCGUGGGCGCGAUUUAUACCCGCACGAACUUUGUGACACUGAAAUACAUCACCGACUCCUGGGGCACUAACGCAAACGGCUUCCGUCUCGUUAUCACCGCAGUCAAGGAUCCUAAGCACAGCUGCAAGGACUUCCGGUGCACCCAGAACGAAUUCUGCAUCGAGACGGACCUCAUUUGUGACGGUGUGAAUCACUGCGGCGACGGUUCUGACGAGGCUACCUCCACCCUCUGUGCCAACUCCGAGGUGUCGACGAUCCUGGGCAUGCAGACGACCUGGUUCGCGGUCGCCCUCGUUUUUCUGAUCCUGAGCGUAGCGGGCCUGGUCACGGCGGGUGUUUUGUGCUUCUGCAGGCAACGCGUCGCGACCCCGAGACACCUUCAUAACGCGCACAAUGCCCAGAGUCAUCCUCCGGUCAGCUUCCCAUGGAUUCCGAGCUCGUCGUGGCGCUACGUGCUGAUUCAACGUGAAGUUUCCCUCGCGGCUCACCGGCAUGCGAGCCGCUCGGUAGUUUCGUUCCGACCGUCAAGUGAAAUCGGCCCAAACGGCAGAAGUCUUCGAUCUUCGUGUUGGUGGGCCAGUGGACCAGUCCCAGCGUCGAAGAUGGACCCACCGAUGAUGGUCGUUCGGAAAGCGGUCGGCGUUUACCUUCUGACGAUUCUGAUAACGAUUCAGUCCUCUACGGCGGCCCAGACGCAGCCAUUCGUCAUCAGCAACACGCUAGACUCGCAAGGCUCCCCAGGCAGGGACUACUUCGUGGGCCCCUGUCUAGUGAACACCAAUCAAACGUGCCCCGACAAGGAAGUGACCUUCUUCCUGUACACGCAAAGGAAUCCGAAUGACAGCCAGCAGAUCCUGGUGGACGAGACCGGCUCGAACCUCCUGCAAACCAAUUUCACGCCCUCGAAUCCUACGAAGAUCAUCGUCCACGGCUACGACUCCAGCAUGCGGCUGUCGUAUUUGGUGGAUGUGCGGAACGAGUACUUGAAAAGCUACGACUACAACGUGAUCGCGGUGGAUUGGCAUCGGUUGGCCUCGGCACCGUGUUAUCCAAUUGUAGUGCGAAACGUGCCACACGUGGGCGACUGCGUGGCCCAGCUAGUACAGAGGAUAAGGGAUACGGGGGCGGAAGACAUACACGCGAUCGGAUUCAGCCUCGGCGCCCACGUGCCGGCGUUCGCGGCCAACGCUCUGCGACCCUACAAAAUGCCGAGGAUCACCGGCCUAGACCCUGCCAUGCCCUUGUUCGUCACCGUCGACGACGAUCACAAGCUGGACGCCGGCGACGGCCAGUUCGUUGACGUGGUUCACACGAACGCGUUCAUUCAGGGUAAGAUAGAGAUGAGCGGGCACGUGGACUUCUACAUGAACGGCGGCGUGAACCAGCCCGGCUGCUGGGAGAUGGGGAACCUGUUCGAGUGCGACCACCACAGAGCGGUGAUGUAUUUCGCGGAGUCUAUCAAUUCGAAAGUGGGUUUCUGGGGCUGGCAAUGCGGCGGAUUCGUCCCUUAUCUGUUGGGUCUUUGUCCGCCGCGGUAUCCGGCCGUUUUGGCCGGCGAUAAAGUAGACAGGAAGAGGAGAGGGUUCCAUUUGGUGAGGACGCACUCUCGUAGCCCGUACGCCAUGGGAAAUUUCAGCGUGAACCGGUUGGAUAUGUCCUAUAUGGAAGAAGGACCACGGCGUUAAUGUCGCGAGAUAAGGUUCCCUCGAUAACGGGGAACGUACGACGGAGGCUGCGAAUGCGAUCUUCGUCCUCGAUAUACGGAAACCGGCACACGCGUGUGGAAUCGACGACUGCUGCUGGAACCGAAUGAAUGUUCGCGAAUUCUUGGGGAAAGUUGCGCGAGUCUUGAGUGAUCCGCGGUGGAACGCGUUCCGUGCGAAGGUCAGGGAAUUCCUAGCACCUGGUGCCACGGUAGUCGAUAUCGUGUUCGACGAGGGAAAAGAAGCGGAGCUAACUUACGCGCUCGUCUAGACGCCAAUUCCUUAUCGAUUCGACGUUUACGACACGGAUAGAGGAAAAUUAAUUGCUGCGAUCCAGAGAGAUGUUGGAAUCGCGACGGUGACGUUUCGCGCGGCUACUAUUGGAUUUUCUUUAACUCGAUUCCGUUAUUUAUUAGUAUGAAAGUUUCCUGGUGAAUUUCCUCUUCUGGUUCAAUUUUGUUUGCGUUGAACCAUGUUCGAGCACUUGUUUGUUCUUCGUAAAAGUGUAUGGUACAGUCACUUUUAGAAUUAACAAGCUUAAUGAUCGGCUAACUACUACGAGCCUCUUGCAUAAUCGUUUUAUGCUAUAUUAUGUCACGUCUUGGAUAGUUCCAUGUACAUCUACAUACUUAAUAGAGUAAAGUAUAAUUUAAGUAGUGUAGUACGCUCAGUUAAAGUAUAAAUACACGCAAUUGUUAAUACAAAGACGAUUAUAGAACGUGUUAGUCGUGAUUAUUCUAAUUACUUCAUUUGGGUGAUUGCAACAAGCAGUCUUGCACAUCUACAUACUUAAUAGAGUAAAGUGUAAUUUAAGUAGUGUAGUACGCUCAGUUAAAGUAUAAAUACACGCAAUUAUGAAUACAAAGACGAUUAUAGAACGUGUUAGUCGUGAUUAUUCCAAUUACUUCAUUUGGGUGAUUGCAACAAGCAGUCUUACACAUCUACAUACUUAAUAGAGUAAAGUGUAAUUUAAGUAG